AGGACGGCGAGGUCACCGUGAACGAUGUGGACAAGCAGUUCUUCCGACCCAAGAAGGGAGACGACAUCAGUGUGGAAAGGGCCAUGGCUGUGGCCUGUAUGAUGGGGGAGUGCGCCGGCGCCGGCAUGUACCCGACAAAGGAGGAGCUGGUGUACUGGCGAGCUGUUUAUGAGGGCAUGGAGCGCAAUGAUGCUGAGUCAGGUGAAAAGCACGACCCCAUGGUUGUGUUCAAGACCAAGACCAACUACAACUACUGCGCCACCGAGCACCUGAAGGCCUGCUCCUCCAAGAGGGGGGAGUUGUCUGGAUCAAAGGGGAUCCGGGGCGUGUUUGAGUCUAACACAAGCUUCAACCUAUCAAGGGCAAAGACCGUGGAAGAUGUCUGGAAGAAAGACGACUGCUCGCUCACAGCCGAGCAGCUCGUGUGGACUUGCCUCGUGGUCAAAUUGUUCCUCGUGAACAAGUCAUUCGACCACAACGACCAGGUCAACGCAGACGACAUGGAUGACUUGGCGGAAGUGGUGCUUGACGAGUUCUCAAAGGCGAAGAGCGCCAAGAAGCCCAUGAAGGUGAAGGUGCUCCCUCUGGACAAGACGGUGGACCUUGCGCUCCUGACGGCGGCGUACCUGACGGAAGGCAUGGCCUGCAUUGGCAGUAAGGGCCGCCUGCGCCAGGAGAGGAAGAAGAGGCCCAGUGCUAGGGAGAAGCGCAACCGUGCUCCUUACGAGGCCGUGAACCGGAUGGUUUCCGAGGAGCCUGAAGAAGCGGCGGAGGCGGAAGCCCCAACACAGGAAGUGCCGCCUUAG